AUGCGAGUUUUUGUGCUGAGCUGUGCCAUUGCGCCGAUUCUUUCCCUCUCUGGUGCCGCUGCAGUAAUUACAGGUGCUCAGCGACUAGCUCGUGGCCUACCACCUUCGCUUCCCACGUUUGGUUGCGCUCUGCCAGGUUAUGCAAUGACACCGGCAGAAGCUGGUGGGCACCAAUCCCCGCUGUCCACUUCGUAUGAGACAUUUACUGGUCGAAUCCUGGUUAAGACCUACGAUGGUGGACAGUUAGGACACUUAUAUGACUGGGAAUCAGGAAUAAACGGCGUAAACUUCGGUGUUCCAAGUGAGGACCUGCAGGUGUCGUUCACCACGUCUCAAUCUGAUGAUGGGCUUAUCGACUUACAAAUUGUCGUAUGGUCUCCCUUAUUCUUCUAUUUUCUAAAAUUCACGCAGUUUUGGCAGGACUCCGCAUAUCCUGGGCCUGGUUAUAUCGGAACAACGAGCAGUGAUACCCUCGCCACUGGCUCAUACACAACUGUCGGCUUUGGCAGAGUCAUUAAAACACCUGUGCAUUCCCCACCCGUCCCUGUGGGCCAGUACAAUGCGGAUGAAUCAGCUAUUUGGACAUUCGAUCUCAUCACUCGUGAACUAAAGGUGCACUAUGUAAAUCCCGACGGUCAUGAGGCAAAGACGACUAUCGCUUAUAAGAUAUCUGACAACUCGAUAUUCUUUGUCGGUGACCUCGAUGCCUAUAAUGCCGUCAAUCCUGAUAUCCUUGCCUCACCUAUUACAUUUUACUUUGAUUGA